AUGGCAUUCAACCUCAGUGGUUUCACAUUGGCUUUAUUUGCUGCUUUUGCUUUUAUGAGCAUCGAUGUUACUGUAGCCUCCCGUCAUCUUCUGCAAAUAACUGGGCCUAAUUUCCCAAGGCCCAACUUGCCACCAAUGCCCACCAUACCAUCACUUCUUCAGCCCAACUUGCCAAGAGGAGGCCCUACUCUACCUCAGCCUACUUUGCCCAAGGGGCCCAUUACAAUCCCAAAUCUGGGCCUCCCCCCUCUACCAUCUGUGACCUCUCUUCCAAACAUUCCCAACAUUCCCUCCAUUCCAACCACGUUUCCCUCCAUCCCGUUUCUCUCUCCACCACCUUCAACCAAGAGCCCUUGA